UCCUCCUCUACCGGAUGGAUCGCGCCGCUGAAGCCGGCCAGCCCGUGCGCUGACACCGGAGCAGGUUCCUCUCCGCGCGUCCGUGCGUAACGCUGGAUUGUCGGAGCGAUCGAGACCCAAGUCAAAGCUUCAUCCACCUUUAGAAAAAGAGGUUUUCAUUUCCCUCUCGGACUGGAAGCCACCCGCUUCCAACCCCUCUCCCUCCCUCCUCACCAUGGCUUCCAACUUCAACGACAUAGUCAAACAGGGAUACGUGAGGAUACGGAGUAAGAAACUGGGGAUCUUCCGGAGGUGUUGGCUGGUUUUCAAGAAGGCCUCUAGUAAAGGACCCCGGCGGUUAGAGAAGUACCCAGACGAGAAGGCAGCGUACUUCAGGAGCUUCCAUAAGAUCACUGAGCUCCAUAACAUCAAGAACAUUACCCGGAUGCCGCGGGAGACAAAAAAGCACGCUGUGGCGAUCAUCUUCUGUGAUGACACAUCGAAGACAUUUGCGUGUGAAUCAGAGCUGGAUGCGGAGGAAUGGUGUAAGCUGCUGUGCGUGGAGUGCCUGGGCAGCCGUCUCAACGACAUCAGCCUGGGAGAGCCAGACCUGUUAGCAGCGGGGGUGCAGCGGGAGCAGAACGAACGUUUUAACGUGUACCUAAUGCCUACUCCUAACCUGGAUAUCUACGGGGAGUGCACCAUGCAGAUCACCCAUGAAAACAUCUACCUGUGGGACAUUCACAACGCUCGCCUCAAACUUGUCAUGUGGCCCCUCAGCUCUCUCCGCAGAUACGGCCGAGACUCCACCUGGUUCACUUUUGAGUCUGGAAGGAUGUGUGACACAGGAGAGGGUUUGUUCACGUUCCAGACGCGGGAGGGUGAGAUGAUCUACCAGCGGGUCCACUCGGCCACGCUGGCCAUUGCCCAGCAGCAUGAGAGGAUGAUGGAGGAGAUGGAGAAGAGCUCGCAGAUCCACUCCAGAGAGAUGCUAACCAAGUCCAUCUCCCUGCCACGCAGCGCCUACUGGCAGCACAUCACGCGUCAGAACAGCGUGGGAGAUCUCUACAGUUACCAAGGAACCGGCCUGACAAUGACUUUUAUCCCUCGAGCACAGACAUUCCCCAGCUUUCUGUCUGAUGAGCAUGAACAGGAAAGAGAGAGGCAGCUCCAGGAAGAGGCACCAUCACCCUCUAGUGGCUGUGAGUCAAGUUGCAGCCUGAGACCUCUUCAAUGACAAGAAUUGCUCAACCAAAACUGGACACUUAACCCACUGUUGUAGAGAAGAUGUACAGUAGAAAUAUGUAUAGUGACAUGUGUAAUAUAUAACUUCCCAGUGAUCCUUAAACAAAUAGUGUCAACUGUAGAGUGAAUGGUACAUGAAAAAGUUCCUGAAAAGGAGGAUGUCCUGUUUUUGUAUGUUGUCUGACAGCAGCAGUAGCUUCAACGAUUGCACCAAAAAUUCUUUAAGUGUAGUUUUUAGUAUGCUGUUGAGGUCAGCAUGACUCUUUCUUUUGUUCCUGUACUAGUUUCUAGGUACUAAUGUGCUUAAAUUGACAGUGAAACACUGUUGAGAAAGAUUUCUGUUCAAAAAGUGAUGAAAUCACAUCAGGCUCAUUCCAUCAAUGUGCAACCUCAGCAACCAUCUGAAGAGAAACUCUAGGGUUUUUUUUUUUUUUUUUUGACAAAUAAUCCUCCCACACUUUAGUUUCUCUCAAGAAUGUGAGAUUGAUCAAUGCCUUACACAAAAUUACAUGACUCUGAUGGCAGUGAUAAAUCAGCUAAAGCCUGAAAUCGGUUCCAACCAGCAAAUGGAUAAAGUCACACAGAAAUGCGCUUUAAGAAUAUAAGAGUGGUCUGCUUUGUGUGAAAUGAUAGAGAGAGACCUUUUCACUGCAUCUACUUUCAACUGCCGACCUUACAUUACACUAGCAGAGCAGUUUAGAUUUAAUCAUUUUCUUGCUCUUUGUCAGUCUCAUAUACAGUUUCUGAUAACUGGCAGUUUUUUUUUAGAGGAAUACAAGUAGAGGUUGGCCUUCAAUUUCAAUAGAAUCUGAGACGCACAUAGACAGAGACACAGGUCAAUAAAAUACGAUAACAUUUGAGAUCAUAAAAAUACAGAAUCUGAUCAUAAACCAGCAGAUCUUUUUGUUUUUUAUACAUAUAGCUUAUGUCAUUUCCACUAGAGGGAAGAACCAGUACCAUUAGAGGCCAUUGUCAGUGAAAUAAACUCAGCAGAUAAUUUAUAAUUUCACUGAAACUUUUUCUUAAGCAUAAAUAAAGCGUCAGAUACACAGUUGCUGUGAUGAUGUUGUCCUCUGCAUCGUCCUCCUUGAGUAAGAAGUGCCUUCCGACACAGACCGCAGAGUGUGAGAUCUAACCAAACCGACGUCUUUGAGUUUACUGUUGUGGACAGAAGAAGUAGCUCUGUAUCUUCAAAACAUUAUGUUCCUCUUAAAAUACAAUAGACCCAGCUGUGAAAUGUGGAAUCACACAUUAAAUAUUUGGCAACUGUUUGUUUCAUGUUGGUGGGUGUCAGUAGGUUUUUAUUUAUCUGUUGUUUCUGUGGUAAAGGUACUUAUAUUUCUCAUCUGUUGCAUAAGUAUGUCGAAGAAAGGCAUGAUCAUUUCGAGAGAAAUAACGACAAUCAGUUUGAGGCAGCAAUGUAGUCCUUCAUUAAUUUAGUCUGUUUUUCUUUGUUGUUUUUAUGUUUUGUCUUCAGUUAAAGGACAAGCACAUGCCUGUUGAAAUUGAGAUACAAGUAUAAGUUCUUAUUUUGUGUCAAACUUUGCCACUUUAUGUUGAAAAUGUAUUUAACUGAACCCAAACCACGGUGUACCAUCUACAAAUAGUCUGCAUUUCUGACACUUUGUUGCAAGUAUUGUGUAAAAAGAACAGUCCUCUGCCACAUUUCUACCCUCGUUGUUUCGAGUCUUUGCUCAAGUGUGGUACAUAAAUGUGUGUAUAAUAGUCCCACUACAUCUGAAGCAUUAAAGCCGUACUAAAAUGAAAUGAGCGGAGGAAGUUUUAGUUGGCUGUGCUACAGCUUUAGUUGUUUUUUAAUAGUCAUUUACAGUAUACCUUGUUUGUAGGUAUGUUGUGUCAUCAUGUUUUCUGUUAUUGUUCCUAGCCGAUUGUGCUCGUGUCCACUAUGUUUUAUGUUUUAUUAUGGUCAGAGUAUAUGUUAAUAGCACUUUCAAUACCACUGAGUGUAGGACUACAGUUUUCACUAAAUGUACAUAUGUAAUGUUUUUGAUGAUAAAAAAAAAGGAAAUAAAUGAAUGUUAUAUCAUA